CAGAGCUCAAUGUUUUCAAAUUCACAAGAUUAGGGUGUUAUCGUCGAUUUCGAUGCAUUAUAUCUUAUUUUGAUCUCCGUUUUACCAUCAGAGGUUGUAUGUUCUUUUUGGAUAUGUAAUUUUGAUUUGAUCGUGUUGAGUGAUCGUUGGAUUUAUGUUUCGUAAUUGAUUUACAUGGGAAUAACUUAUUUUCUAUAUCAUCAAGGAGCUAUAUUGUACAUGCAAAUCUUUUUAUACUUGUUUAGUGUGAUUCUAUUUGGGUAUUCAAUUAAAUUAAUUAAAAUUAACAACUAAAAAAUAAAAAUUGUACUGUUUUAAAUUAUUAGAUAUAUUUGCGCAGAUUAUCCCUUUGAAUUUCAAUGUUUUGCGCUUGAUAUUGUAUCUUUGAAGGAUGGAAGAACCAAAGUAAUUUUUUUAAAGCAUAAAUAAAUUAUUGAUGAUAGCGUAAGUAAGUUUAAGUUUAUUGGUUUUGUGUACUUGAUAAUUUUGCCUUGGUGUUCUGUUAUUUGGAAAUAGGUUGCACUGUGUAUACAAAUGAGGGGUAGAAGCUACAGUUACAGUCCCUCACCUCCAAGGGGAGGUUAUGGUAGGAGAGUUCGAAGCCCUAGCCCUAGAGGUCGUUAUGCAGCUCGUAGUAGAGAUCUUCCUACCAGUCUUUUAGUUCGCAAUUUGCGACGGGAUUGUAAACCGGAAGACCUCCGUAGGCCAUUUGGUCAAUUUGGUCCUCUUAAGGACAUUUAUCUGCCACGAGAUCACUACUCAGGGGAUCCACGUGGCUUUGGUUUUGUCCAGUAUAUAGAUCCUGCUGAUGCUGCUGAAGCCAAAUAUCAGAUGGACGGUCAAAUUCUUCAUGGGCGAGAGCUGACAGUUGUAUUUGCUGAGGAGAACAGGAAGAAGCCGUCUGACAUGAGGGCAAGAGAGCGAGUGAGGGGUCGGUCAUAUGAUAGGCGGCGAUCCCCUGCUCGGCACUCACACUCCCCACGUUAUUCUCGGUCGCCACGCCAGGAACGAUAUCGGUCUAGGAGCCCAGGUUAUUACCCCUGCUCUCCAAGGCCAGGGCGUUACUCAAGGUCAUAUUCACCUGAUGAGAGAAGGUACAGACGAGAGUCAUCCUACUCUCGUUCACCUCAUGAAAGAGGGCCAGUUGGUCGAAGUAGGAGUCGAACGCCUGAAAACUAUGCAAGGGCACACAGAGAAAGAUCAUUGUCACUUAGCCAGUAAAGUGGAGUGUUGCAUGCUCUUGAAGUUUUAGGUGUGAAUGGUCCUUUGUGACACAAGUUUGUUGAUCAUUUCGCAGUAGUCUAUGCAGAGGUGUUAUAGGCUUGGUCAUUGUCUAGAGCCUCAAAUUGUGGGGCCCAAAUUUUUAAGUUUCCAUGAAUGCACCCAACUGAUGUUCUAUAGUUUGACGUUUGGGCCACUACAAUGUCAAAACUGAUAAAAACUAAAUUAGAUGCUAGGAGUAAUAAUCGACAUAAGUUGAGUUAUCGUGUUCUUUUUUUCCUCCA